UACACUUUCAUUAUGUGCCAGAAAAUGAAACGUUUUAUACUCUUCUACUACUAGUACAACAUCACGAACGCAAUAUUUUAAAACCAAUUUAACCAGUAUCAUUUCGCGUAAUACGUGUACGAUAAUAAUAAGUAUAUGGACAAUUAUUCUCCAAUUUUCUUCCCAUAGUUCGCUUACAAGUCGUAAAUAUCGUAUUUUUUUCGAAACCAAAAAUAGAAAAAUCUCGGUGAUUAAGGUAUCUGUUUUAAUAGCAUUAAAUGAUAUUAUUUUUAAAUCAGGUGUUCGGUUGUUAAUAUUAAUUAAAAAUACUUGGCAUAUGUUGUGAUCAUCGUUCAUAUAGGACAAUACAACGAGUUACGUGAAUAAAAGAUGAGACGAAAAUACACUCGAUGAUGACCAAAGUGAUCGAUUAGAUAGAUUGCAUGAUGCGUCGUACAGUUUUCGCAGCGAUUUGGGAUACGUGUAGAUUGAAAACAAAGCUCAGACGAGUGGCAGUGGCCAGUGGAAGCAGAGACAUCAUCGGAAGACGAUAAUAUACGUAGUGUACGCGUGGUCAAUGCGUGCUCAAAAUGGCUUUGGUAAUGCUUCCGUGCGAUAUGCCUUGGUGGGCUACUUUACAAACCCAUAUAGAAAAAUUGGCAUCAGCACAAAAUGCCGACCAGCUAAUCUCAGGAAUGCAAACCAUUCACACCAUGUGCAAUGUAGGUUUAGAUCCAGAUGAACCGGAUGGUCUCGAUCCCGAGGUGCUGAAAGGGUUAAAGAAGUUCGUAAGCUUUGAUUUGACCGACUCAGAAAGGGAUCAUUUUUUUACGAAAACACUGCCUAUUGUAAUCGACUCGGCUUUAAGGUUGAAACAUGUCAGACCUACGCAAGGCCUGAGAUUUAGUUUACAGCAAGAAAUCAGCACGAUCGAGGUUAAGCAUAAUUUCGCAUGCUCGUUAAUUGCUCACGCGUUUCUAUCAACAUUUCCAAAACGAACUCAUAAAACUCAUCCGACAUUACAAGACUUUAAUUUUUCGCAUUUUUUUCGACAUUUAAACGAGAACUUUCAAAAAUCCAAGCUUCGAAGUUUAUUUCAUUAUUUUGAUCUGCAACAUGAAAUUGAAAAUGAUACAGAUCAAAUUAAGCUAACAAGGCAGGUAAUGAAGGGUACAGACUGGUUAACGAUUGAAGAUUGGCUAGAAAGUGAGUCACCGCUAUGCCCUUUGGUAAUAAAACACGAUAAUCGAAUGGAAAACGCCGAAUUUUCCAAUUCCGUAAACGUUUGUUUUUCCAGCAAGAAACCAGGUGGUCGAGUUCUGGGUGAUGGGACAUCGACGGAAUGUGUUCAAUUUAUCACCUGUCCAGAGUUACUGAUCACCUUGUUGUGUGUCGAGGCGUUAGAAGAUAACGAAGUGUUAUUGGUUGAGAAUUUAUUCAAAGUGAGCCGAAUAAAUAAUCUGAGAGUUAAAGGCGAAUUUGAACCCUUCCAAAAGGUUGUUAAGUGCAACGUUUGUUGCAUGGAUGCUGAAAAUUACGCACGUCUUCCAUUAAGUCAAUACGAAGAAGAUAACGUUCUAAGAGAAUUAAAUAAAGCAGCGUUAGGCUUUAAAUUAAAACGCGAAUAUAUUAUAUUACGUCAUGCUGCUCUCCAUCAGCCAAUAGGUAAACGUCUCUCGCCGAUAGGAGAGUCCUACAGCAUGACACCGACUGAAAAUUCCUCUUCGACGAAUACUCAAGUCAGAAAAAAAGAACGGCCUAAACCUUUAAGUUUAUGUUAUUUUAAGAGAAAUAAAUUCAUAGUAUUAGGUUCAUCGGGAGAACAUUUGCCAGUAUCUAGGGUGCAACGUAACAGCGAAUAUUCCUCUUGUGGUGGCUCGCAAGAGGAUUCGUCUUCUGAUGAAUAUUACAGCGCUAGAGCCAGUGUUCCAGAGUACGAAUGUGCUUCAGAUGAAGAAGAAAUGGCUAGAAGAUACAGCUGUCAGCUGGAUACUCCAGAGAAUAGAAAUUCAUUCGCGGAACGAUUGAGAGAAGCUUUAUGCAGAGCUCAAUCAUCAUCUAGUACCGAUUCCAGUUAUGCUGUUGAUAUCAGUGUGACUGGAUCUAGUAUAGCUGAUCCGAAUAUAAGAAUGAAACGAGGCGGAUCUCGAGGUUUCAUGUUAGAAGAAGACUCAUUCGAUCAACGAGACAAUCAAAACAUGGAAACAAGCCAACGCAAUAGUUUCAACGGUCAAAAUCUUCCAAACAAUCCUACCUUCGAUAAAAACGAAGGAGAUUCCUCUAAAUACAGUUUCAGCACCGAUUCAGAUAUCGAAGAAGUAUACGAACAACUAACCCGUUGGCUCGACGAAUCAGAAGAAAAACCAUCUCUAACCGGUACGAAUCUCCAACAGCAAAAAAUCCGCCACAAUACAGUAAUGCAAUUCGCCGGCAGUUUAUUGAAACGUACCCUAAGCGAGUCGUUCGUCGGAGUGCCCCUAACCGAAGGAGGCGACGGAGACGAAGCCCUCAACGAACCCGAGCUAAAUGGGAAAACGGUGAAGAAAAUCAAAAUGGCGGUUCGAAGUCUCAGUCUGGAACUAGCCAAACACAAGAAUAAGUUCGUAGGUCAUUUGAACUCGGUCGAUGAAGACGAGGGGAUAAAAGGCGAUAAUGGAUUUACCACUGUGAUAACUGGUAAUUGGGGUUGUGGUUCUAGUAAUCUAGGAGAUCCUCAGUUGAAACUACUAGUUCAGUGGAUCGCUGCCAGUAUAGUUGGUACGCCUCAGUUGGUCUAUUAUACUUGUAAUCAUCGUAAACUACUCAAGCUCGAUACCGUCAGCAGGGUUUUAAUAGACAGAAGAUGGAAUGUUAAAGAAUUAGCCCAAGCUGUGAUACAUCUAACUCAGUACAUGUUGAGUCAAUCGGAAACAACGCCUAAUGACGAAUGUAACACGCUGUUUGAUCUUUUGAUAAAUUCUAACUCUGAUAAGUGUACUAAUUUAACGAAAAGAAAAACGACAAUAAAUACCUAGUUGAAUACGGAA